UCCUUCUGCCUACGAUGGCCAAUAUCGUCAAGGGGUGGUGAUGGGAGGAGAACGAUGUAAUGAGAAUUCUCCUCUUGUCGCUAGUUGCGUGGAAACCACUAACGAGAAACAGGUGAUUGAUCUUCCGCAGAAAAUGCCAGAGCGUGAUUUUGCAGGCACCCCUUAUGUCCCAGUAAAUGUCAUGUUGCCUCUUGGUGUCAUUAAUACAAAGUGUGAGCUGGUUGAUCCGGAAAGCCUAAUGAAGCAGUUAAGAAUUUUAAAAUCUAUCAAUAUCGACGGUGUUACUGUUGAUUGCUGGUGGGGAAUUGUCGAGGCACAUGCUCCACAGGAAUACAACUGGCAUGGCUAUAAGCGGCUUUUUCAGAUUGUCCGAGAGCUUAAACUUAAACUGCAGGUGGUUAUGUCAUUUCAUGAAUGCGGGGGCAACAUUGGUGAUGAUGUAUGCAUUCCUCUUCCUCACUGGGUAGCAGAAAUCGGUAGAAGCAAUCCUGAUAUCUUUUUCACGGAUAGAGAGGGACGGCGGAACCCUGAAUGUCUUUCAUGGGGAAUUGACAAGGAAAGGGUUUUAAGAGGCCGAACUGCACUUGAGGUAUACUUUGACUACAUGAGAAGCUUCCGAGUUGAAUUCGAUGAAUUAUUUGAGGAUGGAAUCAUCUCCGCUGUAGAAGUUGGAUUAGGGCCCUGUGGAGAGCUACGAUACCCAUCUCAUCCAGUCAAACAUGGCUGGAGAUAUCCUGGCAUUGGUGAAUUCCAGUGCUACGAUCAAUAUCUCAUAAAAAGUUUGAGAAAGGCGGCUGAAGCGAGAGGGCACUUGUUCUGGGCAAGGGGUCCAGAAAAUGCAGGGUCUUACAAUUCAAGGCCCCAAGAAACUGCAUUCUUUUGUGAUGGUGGUGAAUAUGAUGGCUACUAUGGCAGAUUUUUCCUUGGUUGGUAUUCACAGUUUCUUGUUGAUCAUGCUGACCAUGUACUAUCUUUGGCUAAAUUGGCUUUUGAAGGCACUUGUAUUGCUGCAAAGAUAUCUGGCGUGUACUGGUGGUAUAAAACAGCUAGUCAUGCUGCAGAAUUGGCUGCUGGUUUUUAUAACUCAUGCAACCGUGAUGGUUAUGCCUCAAUUGCGUCGAUCUUAAAGAGACAUUUUGUUACUUUGAACUUCCCAUGUACUGAAUUGCGUGCUGUGAAUCAGCAAACAGAUUUCACAGAAGCAUUGUUAGAUCCGGAUGGCUUGACCUGGCAGGUAUUGAAUGCUGCAUGGGAUGCUUGUAUACCUGUAGCAAGCGUGAAUUCUUUCCCUUCCUUUGAUAGGGACUGCUACAACAAAAUUUUAGAAAAUGCCAAGCCACCGAAUGAUCCGGAUGGAAGACACUUGUCAUCGUUCACUUACCUCAGGCUCAGUUCUGUCCUUAUGGAGGGAUGCAACUUUUCGGAGUUUGAGCGAUUUGUGAAGAGAAUGCAUGGCGAAGCUGUUCUUGAUCCGUAGUAGAAGUGGAUUGGGUAAUAAAUCGCCAUGAAUAUAUUCUUUUCUCCUCUUGGUCUGCUCUUGCAAGACUGAGUUGGCCUAUUUAUAGUUGUAGAUGUAGGAGAAACAAUAUUGACUGUAGGCUUAAUUCUGUAAUACAACCCCAAAUAGGAUAGCUAACCCUUCUAUUGUUAACACCAUCUCAAAGCCAGAAGCAGGAACUCUUAUAAAACGCAGUGCAGAACUCUUCCCUUUAGUAUACUACAUUUAAUAUCUCAUGAUUUUGCUCUGCUAUUUUUAUUCAAAAGAGCAAUUACUAAAUAUUGUUAUGAAGAAAUUGGCCACAGUUGAAGGCGUGGAAGUUCAAAUUGAGCUCUCGAUAAGAUGCCUGACAUCCAUCCAUCAGCAAGAGUAGAUAAUCUUUUGGUUUGUUAAUUGUGCAGUUUAAAUUAUUGUAAUUAUUAAUUCCUCCUAUUGCUUGUAUAAGAAAUACCUACAUUUUCUGUUGUAGUACAGUUUUCACAGGCCAUCUCUGAUUGUUGUAACUAUCUCUAAAUUUAAUAGUUUUGUCUGCUACAAUUUGC